AUGAAUAUGCGAGAAUUCUUCGAGCCUCUUCGGAACGGACCAUUGACAAAGGAGCAAGAGGCCGAAGAAAUCGAAAAUAUCACUCAAUUACAGAAUCUUUUAAUGAAUCUAAAAAAUACAAAGAUAGAAUUUUCGAUUCCAAUUCUCAAAGAGUCAAUAUAUUACAAAGAUAUUCAUUAUUACAACCAAUUCAUAUCAAAUGUCUACUUUGCAGCAGAAUAUCAGCCACAAUCAAUUCCAGAAUUAGCGAAAUUGACAGCGGAAGUCAUUUACAACCACAAAGAAGAGCAAAAGCGCAUGUGUAGAGCCCUUAUUAAAUGGGGUAUUUACUCUCAUUUGGCAGAAUCGAAUUCAGAAUUGCAUUCUUGUCGAUUAUGCUUCAUUAAGAACUGUUUAGACAUCAGUCUAUUUGAUACCAAAUUACUUGUCGUUAUAAUUAAUGACUUUUGGAAAACUUGUUCUCAAAGAAGAUAUCAUUUGUGCAGAUUGUUCGAAUGGUUUGCUCCACAAAUACUUAUAGGUGAUCCUACAUUCUUUAUGCACUUACUUUCGAUUGUAGAUUACGAAAAUAUUUCAGGACAUCUUCCAUCGCAGUUUGGAGAGCUUCUUUCGAAUUUUGAGAGCCUUAGAGACAAUAACUGGAUGCUAUGGAAUAUACUGAUUAAGAAUGUAACUACAGAUGACAGUAUCGAAAGAAUUUUGAAAAAUAAUGAUAUAAUUAAAUUAAAAGAGAUUAUUUCGGACCCUACAUUUGAUAUAAAUCAAAGAAUAAGUCCACAUUGCUUCGAACCAUCAUGGUUUAUCCAAAAUCAUCCAAAUUUAAUUCAAUACGCUGCUUAUUUCAAUUCUGUUGAUUGUUUCAGCUAUUUAAUAGAGAAAGGAUGUGAUGUUAAUGCCAAAGAUGAUAAAGGAAAUACUUUAAUUGAUUUUUGUGUUGCUGGAAAUUCAAUUGAAUGUUUUAAUUUGAUAAAAAACAACAAAACAGAUUUUACGAAUUCUUUACACAUUGCAGCAUUAUUCCAUAAUUAUUCUUUGUUCCAACACUUGUUUAGGAGCUGCUGCCAUGACUUAAAUGCUAUUUCGCUCAUCUAUGGAACAGUUAUUAAUAAUAUUGUUUCAAGUAAUAAUUUAAGGUUAACAAAAUUUUAUGUUGAAAAUGAGAAAUCUUCAAUUAAUGAAGACUUAAUGAGAUAUGCCGCGCGUGUAGGUAGUCGUGAUGUUUUAAGGUACUUCUUGGCAAUGAAUGAUAAACUUGAUAUAAAUUCAAAAGAUGAAAACGGAAAAACCGCUUUAAGUUUGAGUGCAAUUUCAGGACAUUUCAACAUAAUUCAUGAACUUUUGAGCAUGCCUGAUUUAGAUAUAAACAUGAAAGAUAAAGAUGGAAAUACUGCUCUUUUAAUUGCAGCUAAAAACGCUGAUUCAACGAGUAUUUUAACAUUAAUGAUGUCUGAGAAAUUGUAUUUAGAUGCACAAGAUAAUGAUGGAAACACUGCUCUUCAUAUUGGAUCUUUAGAUAAUUGUCUUGACGUUGUUAAAACUCUUUGUAACUCUAAGGAUAUAAACCCGAAUGUUCUAAACAAAGAAGGUGACGCACCAAUCCACAUCGCUACAAGAAAUCCGGAUUCUUGCGGAACUCAUUUUGUUAGAAAUAUGGUAAAAUCAGAACAAGGAAGUGAAGUGAAAUUAGAAGUUUAUAUAAGAGAACAAAAUAGAAUUGUUCAUGUAGAUAUUUUGAAGUUUUUAGUGACACAUCCUAAAAUUGACGUGAAUUUGAAAAGCGCAAUUGGAUGGUCACCUUUGCAUUAUGUUGCAAGAUACGGGCAUUACCAAUUAGGAAAUAUUUUGUAUCAAUACAAAAUGAAAGAAUUGGAUGUGAAUAUAAGAGAUAGAAAUAUGAGAACUCCUCUUCACGUGGCAUGCGAAAGUGGUAGAUUUGAAAUGGCUUGUUUCUUGAUACAACCUGGAAAUUGUAACAUAAAUGCUCAGGAUAUGUUUGGACAAACUCCCCUUCAUAAGGCAGUUUUGGCUGAUAAUUCAGAAAUUUGUCAUAUGAUGACUUUGAGAGAUGAAACUGAUCUAAACAUACAAGAUAAAUACGGAAGAACAGCUUUGAUGAUUGCAGCUAUUAAAGGAAGAAUUGGAUCUAUAAGAAUAUUGGCAAGAAAUCUGAGAAUUAAUCUGGAUUUAACAGAUAAAACAGGAAUGACUGCUUUGCAACAUGCUGUUAAAAAUGGAAGGAAAUAUUGUGCAGAAUUACUGAGAAUUGCUGCUGAUUUGUGUGAUAUGCCUGAUAGCGAAGAUAACUCAAAUGCUGGCGAUGAUAAUGACCAGAUUUAA